CGCGUAUUUCACCAUCCCCCACUGAGGUGAAUUGUCCAGAAUCGUCGGCUUUCAUGUAAACUCUUGUCCUGUAUGUUCUCUAGGAUCACUUCCAGAUUCGUGUUCGAGUCCAAGGAACAAGCGAGAUGGCGAACUUUCCAACACUCGCAAAAAUUGCCGACGUAAAGGAGCAUCAGUUUGAGAAGCCGGUGAAAAAGAUCUUCGAUGGCCCUGACGUUUCCUUCUUUCUGAUGUCGCUGGCAUAUCGGGACAUCAUGACAUUUAUGCUGCAAUUGAACAGGUCGGUUUUGCCACGCAAAAAUCAGACUGGAGGAACGACCGCAAUUACGACCUGGCGAUUAGACUCUGAGGACGUUGUGUUCUCAGAUGCCGUGUAUCGGCUGCGAAGUCUGUUGAAUAAGCUAAUAGAGCUCGUCGAAGCGGUUCCUCCUGAUACCGGCCCUCGGCGAUUUGGCAACGUCAGCUUCCGCAAGUGGUACAGGAUCGUCGAGGAACAGGUUGGCGACCUCUUGACGGAAUCUCUGCCAGAAGAACUAGGACCAGCGCAUGAAGAACUCACCUCAUAUUUCCUGGGAAGCCUUGGCAGCGCUCAACGGCUGGACUAUGGGACAGGCCACGAGCUCAGCUUUCUUGCCUUCCUGGCUUGCCUGUGGAAGCUGAGUUUCUUCCCCGAGGCCGAAGCGGGAGUGGAAGAGCGAGGAAUUGCCCUGGGGGUUUUCGAGCUAUACCUCAUCCUCAUCAGGAAACUCAUCAAGACGUACACCUUGGAACCGGCCGGGUCUCACGGUGUUUGGGGCUUGGAUGACAAUUCAUUCCUCCCAUAUAUUUUUGGCUCUGCGCAACUAUGCCCGCCGAUCGCUGAAACAGACGACACCCCUACCGAAGGGUCGCUCCCUGACGCGCCCGAGGCAUCUGCAGUGACAAAACUCAACCUCGUCGAGAAGGAGAAGGGUUCAAAUAUGUACUUUUCGGCCAUAGCGUUCAUUUACGACGUCAAAAGGGGUCCGUUCUGGGAACACAGCCCCAUGCUUUUCGACAUAUCUGGCAUCAAGGACGGUUGGGGCAAGAUCAACAAGGGCAUGAUCAAGAUGUACAACGCAGAAGUGCUCUCCAAGUUCCCCGUCGUCCAGCAUUUUCCCUUCGGAUCUCUGUUCGAGUGGGAGCGGGAUCCCAAAGCCAGGCCGCCACCACCCUCCACACACGCUGCGAGUCAACCCCUCCGAAACCCAAUGGACACCAAUGCCCCAAGCGCGAUGAGACCGAGUGGCCCGCCGAUGGGGUCAACGGCUGCUCCCUGGGCUGCGAAACCGUCAGCAGCACCAGCGGGGUUCGUCAACGGUGUCACGCAGGCGCCCUGGGCGAGUCGAGCGCCAGCGCCAGCGCCUCCUCGAGGCGGCUUUGCUGGAGCACAGAGACGGCCGCUGCAAGCGCUGAAGGAGACGGACACGAAGACGAUCCAGCAAAAUCCCGAAGGGCAGAAGUAAGCGUUGUACGAGGGCACAAGAAGACGGUUUCAAAAUGUAUGAUUAUUCUGCACGGGAACCAAAACCAGACUGGGACAUGUAUCAAGUCGAGCAUGGGAACAGGGGGUAUCACGAUGAAUCUGAAUCAUAGCCCACCACCAACGCCGUGCUGUUUGCCACUUUUGUCUUCGUCUCUUUCUCUUUCUCUUGCUUCUGCUCCGUCACCCCUUCGUCCGGCCG